CGGCUACAGGGGGAGGGGGGUGGGGGGGCGGCUCGGCGGCGGGUCUGCGGGCCGGGCGGGCCCCAUGGGCGGGUGUGUGGGCUCCCACCACGACUCCUCGGGCAGCCUCAACGAGAACUCGGACGGCACCGGAGUUGCUCUUGGUCGUAAUCAACCCUUGAAAAAAGAGAAACCGAAAUGGAAAAGUGAUUACCCCAUGACUGAUGGACAGUUGCGCAGUAAGAGAGAUGAGUUUUGGGACACAGCACCAGCUUUCGAAGGUCGCAAGGAGAUUUGGGACGCCCUCAAGGCUGCUGCACAUGCUUUCGAGAGCAAUGAUCACGAACUGGCACAAGCAAUCAUUGAUGGUGCAAACAUAACACUACCACAUGGUGCUCUUACAGAGUGUUACGAUGAACUGGGCAACCGGUACCAGCUUCCCGUCUACUGCCUCGCCCCACCUAUCAACAUGAUAGAGGAGAAGGGUGACCUGGAGACUCUGGAUAUUCCCGAUCCCCCACCCAAUUCAGGGCACGAAUGCCAGCUUCGUUUGCGCCUGUCCACAGGCAAAGACCUCAAACUCAUGGUCCGCAGCAUGGACACGGUGUACCACAUGAAGAGGCGGCUGCACGCGGUGGAGGGAGUGGAGCCGGGCAGCCAGCGCUGGUUCUUCUCGGGCAGGCCGCUGGCAGACAAAAUGAAACUGGAGGAGCUGAAAAUCCCAAAGGACUACGUGGUGCAAGUCAUCGUGAGCCAGCCCUUAGCAAAUCCCACCCCGGUGGAAAACUGAUUUCUGCUUGUUUAUUGAUUCUUCUUUCCUCCGUCUCUGUCAUGGGGUUUGUUUUCACUGCCCUCUCUUUUGGUUUGUCCUGCUAAUGGAUUGGUUCCAAGAAAUGACCAGCAAAAAUUCCAUCUGUGAUGGAGAUCUGCAAAAACAAAACAUAAAAAUGUAAACUGGCCUUUGGGGUUUGCCUGAUCAUCAUAUUUAACACAACAGCAAGCAGCACAGGGCAAGGGUAAAGGAAGGGAGCAGGAAGGGGAAGGGAAAAGGGAGGAGGUACAAAGAGGGAGGGAGGAGAUUGUCGUUCACUUAAACAAUACAAAUAUGUAAUGAUUCUCAAAACUGUAGGUGGUGUCCUGAUCCAUGGAGCCAGAACAACAGAGAGCACUUUUUAAUUCUUUUAUUAUUGUUAAAUAAAACUAAUCAAUUUAUAAAAUUUCAUAUCAGCACCACAUACAGUUCAUGCAAGAAUCGCAGCUGCUCUGGGUAGGUCCUACGCUGCCUGCUCACGGGGAUCCGUUCUGGUCUGGCCGAACUCGCGUGCUUCGCCCAGGCGCUGCCGAGGCACAGCCGGCCCGGGGCAGCGCAGCUGGGCGGGGGGCUUGGUCUCCGGCCCACGGGGGCAGCUCUUGGUGAUGCUCAGACCAAGCAAUUGUACAUUCCAAGAUGGCAACACAGUCCUGUGCCAUUGCUGGCUCCCGAGCUGGGAACGCAGCCCACCGGAGCCUUAGGCAAUAACUUAGUCAAUGUAUACUCUCAUGUACUGUACUGUAAACUUAACUUGCUACAAGACUGACUUAGCCUGAAGUUUACCGGCUGACUGGCACCUGAGUGCGUGCCUGCUGAGUUACUGUAUAUCACUCAGAUCAUUAAAACAAGCUUUGAUCAGGCUAGCUAAGGUGAGUGAUGCGCUGGUCUGGGCUUAAGCGUUAGGUGCGUCACCUUUGUCUAACGGCGCCAGUGUAAUAGGUCCAGUUUAAACUGCAAUUACACCCAGAUACAAUGGAUUGCAACUUCCCCUGCUCAGUUCCUAGAGGGCACAAAGCGUGGAAGAUGGGAAGGAGGACACGACAGCACACAGUUUUCAGCUUUUCAUGUGAGUGUCGUUUGAAGCAGCAGCCAGUCUUCUAGCUCUGGUGACUCUCCAGCCAGGACAAUGGAGGUACCUUCACUGACACGCUCCCGUGGCCCAGAGCGUGGCGUAGUGUUUCACAGCCAGUGCUUUCCCUUCAGAAUGUAAGAGGAGCCCUUUCAGCAAAUGACAAAUCCUUUUGUAGUCUCAGAAAUCUGAAUUGGAGCGUACUGGCGGUGGGGGACACAACACUCUAAGUGCUUGACCCCUCAGAGACGCUCUCUGUGUUCCUUUGGCUGCACUGCAGCCCUGUCUGGUAAUGCCUUUGGGUGAGAUCGAAGGCCCUGUUCCUUUUAAACAUGAUUUCUAGAUUGCUUAGUUUUUCAGCUGUCACUGGAAUGACUUCACUUCUUCCAAAGUUGAAUGUGCUAUUCAGCUAUGAAUAGCAUGUUUUUAUUGGUUUCUGUCUUCCCUCUCUGAAUCAGUGGUCCAAAGCUACAGUUGUCACAGCUCUUUCUCAUCUGCUAGUGCAACUGGUGUGUUACACUGACAAUUUUAAAAUUGUUACUUUAUCUCCUUCAUUAAUUCCACAGAAUUCAGUUUCUCAGACUCGAAGGAGGUUCUUGCUCCACGAGCAUCAGCGUAGAGCCAGAACGAGCAGAGGUCACUUGUACAACAACACGAGUCUUUCCCAGCAGGUGGAAGCAGGCGCACAAUUUACAUUGAUGGUUGGAAAACAGACCCACAGUUUAUAUGCAUUUCCCGCCAUAUCCCAAAUAAAUAUAGCUUUCUUCUUGGUCCCCGUGUUUUAUUAAGCCUAUGGUUUUCUGACAGCUCCUUUAGCCCGCAUUCGGUACAGGAUGACUGAAGUGCAGUGGCAGAGCUGUAUAAAGGAAAAUUAGUCCCCUGUUCUCAUAAACACCAAAGUGACUUGGUUUUAUUUUUUCUUUUUUUUUUUUUUUCUUUUUAAAGAUUAAAUCAAAGCUGAUAAAUACUAACCUAUAACAAAAGUUUUCUAUUGUGGAAUUUUGUUAAGACAGAUAUGAUUUACUAUACCGGGUUUUAGCAGCCAGAUCUUUUGCAUUCCAGAGGGGAAAAAAUAUUUGAUAUAUAAACAACUAAAAAAUCUCUUGGAUUUUCCCUGGGCAAAGGAUGGUUUCAUGCCAGGAAGACCCUACUUGUCUUGUAAGGCAUAACUUGCCUUUAGUCAGAAUGGUUUUAAUGAUGUCAUUUCCAUGCAGUCUCUUCUGGAAGGGGGGAAAUUGUGAUGGAUUGAGGAGGAGCAAACCAGGGUGACAGUUCUGUAACUGUGAACACAAACACUACUUUUUUUUUGUAGGAUACAUUUUGUUGAAUUUUUUUUUUUCUAUUUUGAGUUCAGGCAAUUGUCACCAUGUUUUGAGAUGAAAGCUCCUUCUUUCCCUCUGCCACCUCUUAGCUGGAAAAGGCUCAGUUUUAUUAUGCCGUAGUAGAUUACCGUGCUUUAUAUUAAUUGCUUUUAUGUCAGGGAGCAAGGUGAUGAUCUGAAGACCAUGUGAGUGGGCUAUGAGUAAAACAGAGAACUGAUUCAUGAAAAUAGUAUUUUCUCUAACAGCCUCCCCCCGCCUCCUGUCCCUUAAGAACAUAUCUAAAACUGAAAAAAUUAAAUAGUAAAAUGCUUUUAGAGGUGAAAGUGAAGACUUUUCAAGCUCUUCUUUAUAAAAUGACAGAUGUACUAAGCACAUACCCAGCUGGAAACAAAUUUUACAAUAUUUGUAUUAGGAAGGAAUUCUAAGUUUCAAAAAAACCAAAUGUAUAUUAAAAAAAUAUCAGUAAUGAAGGGAUGCAGCAUGUUGACUCACCUAUUCCCAUGUAUAUAACUAGAGGUUGCAAUAUACGUUGAGAGAACGGUCGUUUCUGUCUCCGAAAUGUCUUGUCUUUGUCCUUUGAGAGAGUCUUCAGUGCAAAUGCCGGGGCAGGGGAGCGGGCCGGGGCUCCUGGGGGAGUCGUGGGGGUUCCCGGGGCAGGGAAGGCUUGUUCCAUUGCAGAGCAGAGCGGGCACGGCCCGAACCGCAGGCUGGCUGGCAGCCCCGGGCCGGUGCGGGUCUGCGCGGCGGGCACCGGCGGCUGCUCCCGGGGAGGAUGGCUGGAAGCGCGCCGGUGCGGGGGGUGAGCGUGCAGCUGGGUCUUGCAUGCCAGCUGGCGUGCUGCCCCACGCCGUGGGGUGUCUCGGGUAUAACUGGAGCAAUGCAACAGGUUUUAGAAUACAUGCAGGCGUGAACUGCAAUGCCAAGUACAGACGAGUGAGGAGUAAUAGGAUUUUUUCUUUUAUUUGUUAGACCCAUCAGCCCUUUGUGUCAUUCUUGAUGAGCUCUGGCUAUGAACUGAUGCUGGUAGGCAACAUUUUUUUACCAUGUUAGUGACAGGUCUGUUGAUGUGAUUCAGAUUUUUAUACUCUUUAUUGUUACUUCUACCUGAACCAGAAGUAAUAAUCUAGUGAAAAUCCACAGUCCUGAACAGCUUGAAGGGCAGAGAGGCAUGAACGCACAUAAUCAGUCUGCUGGGGCGAGGGAGCUCCAGACAAGCCUCAGAUGCUGUAGGUACAUUGCUUGGUGCGCUGCAGAAGGAUGCUCAGGGUCAUCUUCCACAACCAAGCGACAGCUGCUCCUUCAGAGCAUCCAGCUCCCCAAAGUUUCAUUGACUACCGUGGCUCUUUGUGCAUCAGUUCUUUGGUGUCCUCUGCGGAAAACAUAGCUUGGAAUAGUUGUACUGCAAGAACUGUUUUAUAGUUUUCUGAAAGCCUUUGCUUCUCUGGAUCUGGGAAAUAUUUUUGAAAACUAAAUUAUGUGAGUCAGCAGUGUAAUAAGUUGGGGUUUUUAAUAGACACCCUAAUGGUAAAAGCAGUAACAACAACAACAACAAAAAACCUCACCCCAGGAGCAACCAAACAAAACGCAGCUCCUGUUCACCUUUCACAGACAGUUCCUGAGUUGCUUUGGGGAGGAGAGGAAAGGGGUUCGUUGGAGCAACAAGGCAACACAUGGCACUGUGCAUAACCUUUGGUAAAGCAGAUGGCUGACUGAUAAAAUAUUGCUGUAGUAUGACAUGCUUCUGCAUAUAUAUCCAUUGUUAGUAAAUAAUGUAAAAACUGUUUAAAAACUAUUAAAAAACCCCCUUUGUUACAGUGGUGGGAUGCUUUUAGCCAUGGAGUUUUGAAAGCAUUUUCACUGUGUAAGUGUUGACCAAUUGAAUGCUGUAUGUUUCUCCAUUUCUAUCUUCUUCAGAAGCGUAGGUGGUAGCUACAUUUCUGACUCUUGAUCUGUAUUUUACAAACUCUUUUCUAUGUCAUUGUACAUACAUCCAAGACCCUGCACCUUACGCAGAGAAUGUUUACAUUUAAAAAAAAAAAAAUUGUUGGCUUUUUCACUGCGCUGCUCAGAUCCUGUUAUGUUGAAAUGAAAGUAGUCUCUGUUAGAGAAAGAGGCUUUUUUUCCUUUGCCCUUCACCACUUCCCCUGUAAUUCUGACUCCCCCCUGGAUGAUGGCUGGCAGCUCUUGGACAGCUUGUGCUCUCCUGGAGUAGGACGUGGAGGUAUUUGAGAAAGGCAUUUUUGAAAACUUGCUCUGGGGGGGGAGGAUGAGCUUCAUAUGCUCUGCAACUUUCUUAGAAAAACAAAAAAAUCUGCUUCAAACCCUCUAGAUAUUGGUGAUCUGCCUUGCAAGUUAACUGAGCUAGGAAGCCUUGGAGUUAAAACUUUCCAGCAGCCAUGCUUCUGUCUUCUCCCAAAGAAGAUGAAUGUCCUGCUAUUAUAUCUGCAGCUACAAACACUUCUGUUGGUUAAUGACUGUAUAUACAAGUCUGCCUGCUUUAAGACUUCCCUUUUCAUAAAGUGUUUUAGAUUGCUCUGUUCUGCAAAUGGCUCUCCUCUUCCAUAUUUCAUCCGCUUAGAUACUCCGUAGCCGCGUGUGUGUUGCUCUUGUUCAUAGGAGAUGGAGCUAUAGCUCUCCUUCCAAGGGAGAUACAUGCCACUGAGCCUACAAAAGUCAAAUAGUUGGAAGAUGAGAUGUUUUAACCAGCGGGCUUCUUACUGUGGACUUUGAGACUUUUAAUAAAUGUUCCACUGGACUGUCUGUGAAAAAGUAUGUUCCUGCCCUCCAAGCAGGACCACUUGUUGGGUAUUUAUCCAGUAGGACUCUGUAUUUGUAUAUUUUACAGAUUAAGACCAUUUGAUCAGAGCCAUGGGGCAAAUAGAGAACUUAAAAUCCUGACUCCUGCCUUAAAACUUUUAGUUCAUCUUGAGCUCCAAAAAUUCUGCACCUGCUCGUUCCCAAGUCCCUUUUUUCUUUAUGAAAUUUGAUACCAGUCAAAGGCUGGAGACAAUUUAAGGAAAUUUAAAACAAAGUAAAUUUUAGCUGAUGGCUUUAUUAAAAUAACUAACUGGUCUUGUAUUAAUAACCCUAUUUGUGCCUCUCUUAAGUCCAGGGAAUGUUUAAAAAGUGGAGGUGGCUUUUGAGCAAUGAUUGAAAUGACUGCAUUAGCUGGCAAUUUGUAAGACACUUGCUUUCAUAUGCUCUGAGCAAGAGACUUCGGUUUGUGUCCUCUCUGCCUCAUGGUAAUGGCUUUCAAAGAUGGCUGGUACCAUCAAAUUUGUACUUCUUGAAUAAAUAUCUUCAUUUUUAUGGUAAAA